ACAGGGUCAUUGUAUUGUAAAGCUCAAGUUCAUUGGUGACUGGUGAGAGGAAGGAGCCAGUUUCAAUUCCAUCGUUUUCCUGCUUCGAGGUUUCAACUACAGAGAGCAAGUCCAGAAAGAAGAUAUUGAAGGCACCAUGAUGCACUAAGAUUCACCUCAGAUAUUUACAAAGUUGAUAUCCAUGGAAGAUGGUGAAUCAACAGAGAGGAGAUGGGAGGAUAUGGAAAUUGAUAUAAUGGUUAAAAUAUUCAAAUCAUUCAACAUCAUAGAGUUGACCUCAGGAAUCUCCCGAGUUUGUAGUUCAUGGCGCUUGGCUUGUUGCGAUCCACAGCUUUGGAGGACUCUUGAUCUAGGGUUAUUGAAAUCCAACUUCAUCAAAAUUCCCUCGUCACCAUAUGUUUGGGUAUCUGACAGUUCUGAUAAGAAAUUAAUGCAAAUCUUGAAGGUUGCAUUGGGUCUCAGCGGUGGAAUAGUGACUUGCUUGAUUUUUCAUUUCAACUUGUACCUAAAGGACGAUCACCUAAUCUAUACUGCUGAAAGGUGUCCAAGGCUCAAACGAUUGGUCUUACCAGCCUGGAAUCGAGUUACAAAGAUUGGAAUCUGUAAAGCUGUCCGCAUGUGGAAAGAGCUGGAAUCUUUGACAAUGCCUAGUAUUGGUUAUCCCCCUUAUAUCAUGAAGGAAAUUAGUGAAAGUUGCAAGAACUUCACUGAACUCAAGAUCAUGGGUACAUGUGACACCUUGUUUGCUUCCUCUAUAGUUUCUUUCCUUCCCAAGCUGAAAGUCUUAAGCUUACGGUGCUCAAUGUUAUAUAAGGAAGCCUUGAUCCUUAUCUUGGACUGCUUGGAACAUCUAGAGGUGCUCAACAUCUCUCAUUGCCUCCUCAUAGAAGUGCCUCCACCUCCAUCACCCAAAGUAGUACUCGGGGAACUUGACGAGACAAUCAAAGAGAAAGCUUCGCGGCUUCGUGAGUUCAUCACUUGUCAGGAAGAUUCAUGCAUUAUGUGUCAGCGCACAAUAAAUGAUGAAGGUCUUAUGAGGUGGUACAAGUACGAGGAGGGUUUGUGGCGCAUGGAUGAGGUUAGAUCCCUAGCACAUGGACGUGAGCAGCAUCACAGUGAGAUAGUAUUAGGUGGAUCUCUAUGGAACUCUUAGUUUCAUACAAGUAUGACUUAAUAACAAGUUCAACCUUUGGUUAACUAGAAAGUAUAUGCUGUUGUCUUCUUGAUGCCUGAGUUUUCCAUUCCAUUAUCAUCCAACUUUAUUUUGCAGGUCCUCGGACACUGACAUCAAGUUCAUUGUACCAUAGUCACUGUACUUUAAUCUCUUUUAAAAAGAUAUCAAUGACCAUGUGUACAGUUACUCUUUU